ACGAUUGCUUCUUGAGCUCUGUGUAGUUCUUACUUGUCCAUCAAGUCGUGCGGAUCGAACAAAGUUAUUUUCACAGAAAGGAGGGAAUAUUCUUUCAAGGAAGGAAGGAAAAUGACAAUCACUUAUGUUACGGCUGGUCCGGAUGGCGAUCAACCAAAUACUUUUACUACAAAGGAACGCGAAGGAAGAUAUAUCCGUAAAACACCUCCGAAGCAGCCACCGAUGCAAACGGUUAAUUUAACUGUCGGCAAUCCUAGUUCCGUGCGCCACUUCAACAAGCAACUUAACGUUGCCUGUGCUGUGUUCUUUCUUUUUGUCUAUGGCGGCAUGGACUUCGCCCACAGUGCUGGCUGGAAUCAGACCUUGAACACCUCCGCCACUCAGGUGUUCAAGUGCAGUUGGUUUAUAGGUGUCCUAGCUGGAGCUGCCAUCGCCUCGCUGGCCAUGACCUUUCUGCCGAAGUUGCCCUUCUAUGUCCUCGGAGGUCUGAUGCAACUCACGGGAUCCAUUAUUUUCACCUGUGCCCCCUUCGACUACGGACUUCUUAUGGCCGCGCGUUAUGUGGCCGGUGCGGGAAUUGGACUGAUCACUGUUCCGUUUCUCAUCCACAGCGCUGAGGUGGCGUCGGACAACUAUCGCGGGGUCAGCGCAUCAAUGGAGCAGUGUGGCCUGGCUCUGGGCAUCGCAAUUCAGGUUAUUUACGACACGCAGUGGGUGGAUGACAAGGAAGCAUCCGUCAACGAGGUUCAUGGAAUCAUAGGAAUUGUCUUUUCCAUUCUCGGUCUAGGAAUGACAGCUCUCUCGAUUGAGUCGCCCAUCUUUCACCUGCGUCGCAACCAGGAGGAGAAGGCCCGCGAAUGUCACCAAAAACUAUUGGGUAGCUUCAACAGUUCGGUGGACCAGUCAUUCGAGGAGGUCAGUCGCUACGUGGCGGAGAGUCGGAAUAGGAGCUUUUGUCAGGAACUUUGGAGCUCAGUGGUGCCCUUUAUUAAGCUGCUCCUCUACCGCGGCUUUGUCGCCUUUUCCUUUUCCCUACCCCUUUCCGCAUCCCUGAUCUCGAGCACUCUGAUGACCAAGGGCUAUAUAUCCUGUUGGCCAGUGACGGUUUGGGGACUGGUCCGUUUGCUCGGAGCUCUGGUCGCCCAGGGAUUCUUGGACAGGAUGGGCCGGAAGCUCAUCUCGCUCGUGGGACUGCUCUGCAUGGCCAUCCUGAUGCUCUGCAUGGCCGUCUCCUACGCAAGUCCGGCGAACGUGCUCCUCACCUACUACAUGAACCAAGUGUGGAAGCUGGGAGUAGCUUUCCAGGCCUUUGCCGGACUCUUCGUGUGCAGCUCAUCCGUCUAUCUGGGCGAGGCAUUUCCCAUGAGAGUUAAGCCCUUCCUCGUGGGAUAUAUUGUGGGCUUCGAGCAGACGGUCCACAUCAUUAACAUUGUUGGCUAUAACCGGGGCUCCGAUAAUUUCUUUUACCAUUACUAUUUGUGUGUGGGAAUAAUACUAUUGGUUGGAGUGAUUUUCUUCGGAAUUGUCAUUCCAGAAACAAAGAAAAUUACUCUGCGAGAGGCUAACAGGCGGUUCCAGCGAUUGCACAAUAUUAAAUUAUUUUAGAAAAAUAAAAUAAAGAGAAUAACAAAAUUGUAAUUGCAA